UAGGUUUGCCAAACCAACCACCCAAAGCCCCCCUUUAGGCGGCUCUCACCCCCGAAACAUUCCAUCACUCUCUCUCUCUAGCCUCAAGCUUCCUCUCUCGAGUGCAGCAAUGGCGACCUCGUCCAGAACCAGAUCCAGCCGGCCCAUGCUGCGAUCCAUCUCUCCGUCGGGCCGAUACUACUCCCCGCGGCCGGCGCCGGAGUCCUCGCUCUCCGCCACGGCGUCGGCCUUCGCCUCCUCCACGAGCUCCAGCUUCUACUCCCCUCCCUCCUCCUUCUUCAGCCACCGGUCGUCCUCCCCCACGCGCGUCAACGUCUUUAAUUCCUCCUCGAUGUCCCCAUCCGUGCGGUUCUCCAUCGACCGGUCGACGUCCCCGAGCAGAUCCCUCGCCGUCUCCCCCAGGCACCACGUCAUCAGGAGCCAGGGCGGCCCGGCGAAGAAGACGUGCAUGUGUUCGCCCACCACUCAUCCAGGUUCGUUUCGCUGUAGCUUGCAUAAGAACUCUGUCGGCGGAGGUGGCGGCAGCGGCCAUCACGGUCAGUCGGCGUCUUUCCCUUCGAAUCGGCUCAACAUGAGGAGAUCGGCGAUGACGAACUCGAUCGUGAGGAUCGGCGGCGUCGAAGGAGAGCUGAUGAGGAGAUCCCUGACGGCCCUGAUCCGGCCGUCAUCGCACCACCUGCGGCGGCGCGCGGCUUUCGAGCCUAGGCCGAGCCGGCUAUCUGCGAUGUCGAAAGCGGAGGAUCGGUGAUAGGGAAGCUCUUUUCAGGUUACAGGUUUGUCAGCGAGCGAGUCGAUUCCGAAGGUACCGGAUCGGGCGACGGGGACAGGGUCAACUCGGCUAACUCGGAUAGCUUUUUUGGACCCGGAGACCGGUUCGACCCUGCGAGAUAUUUGGCGACGGGGUUGCGGAGAUCGGAACCUUCUUUGUGUACAUAAAGCCCUGUGCUGAGCCAAUUUUGAUGGCUGUUGAAGGAGAUUGAAAUUCUUUUUGGACAUUAAUUACAUUCAAUUAGACAAUUCUAA